GUGAAAAUGUGCGUUUGCAUCAGCUACCUCUUAUAUCAUAAAUAACUUCCGAAAAAUAUAUUGGUGCAUAAUAGAAAAGUUAUACCAACCAGUAGUUGCACACCAAACUUCACAUAUAUGCUUGCAUUCUAAGAUAACACUUGUUCUUCUAAAACAAUAAAGGAGCAGCAUAAAAAGCACUAGAAGAUGACAAAGGUGUUCCAUCAUUAUCAUCUUCAUUCAGCAGCCUCAAUGAUCAAGACGAUACAAAUUAUCGUCCCUGUUGCAAUGGCUUCUCUCCUCAUACUUGGAGCGGUACAUAUCUGUCUGGAUAACCUUAGAAACAGCCAGUUUCGCCCCCUUGGACAGUCUUCGCGAAAUGGAUUUCUUGGAGCGCCUAUAAAUGUCUCUGCAGAUGAGACUAUUGAACAUGGAUGCAAUGUGUUUGAAGGGAAAUGGGUAUGGGACAAUGUGAGCCAUCCUCUUUAUGCGGAAGAGAGCUGCCCCUAUUUGGUGAAACAGGUCACUUGCCAAAGAAAUGGCCGGCCUGAUUCCUUCUAUCAAAACUGGAGAUGGCAACCAAAAGGUUGCACACUACCAAGGUACAAUGCUUUGAAGAUGUUGGAGAUGCUUAGGGACAAAAGGCUGAUGUUUGUAGGGGACUCAUUACAGAGAGGAAUGUUUGAGUCAAUGGUCUGUCUAGUUGAGUCUGCAAUCCCAGAAGGAAGGAAAUCUCUUGAAAAAGUGCCCCCGAGAAAGAUUUUCAAGAUUGAGGAUUUCAAUGCAACAAUAGAGUACUACUGGGCUCCCUUCCUAGUAGAGUCCAUCUCAGAUCAGGCAACAAAUCACACUGUAUCGAAAAGAAUGGUGAAGCUAGACUCCAUUGAAGCACAUAGCAAGCAAUGGGAAGGAGUGGAUAUACUAGCAUUUGAAAGCUAUGUUUGGUGGAUGAGCACACCCUUGAUUAAUGCAACAUAUGGGUCAACAGACAAUGUCAAGGAAUUUGAUGUGACUAUUGCAUAUAGACUGGCAUUACAGACAUGGGCAAGUUGGAUAGAAUCUAGCAUAAACCCAGAGAGGCAGAAGGUUUUCUUUGUCACCAUGUCUCCUACACAUUUGUGGAAAUGGGAAUGGAAGGCUGGAAGUGAUGAUGGGAACUGCUUCAAUGAAACACACCCAAUUCAAGGGCCAUAUUGGGGAACAGGUUCUAAUCUUAAUAUAAUGGAAGCAGUGAGAGAGCUUACAGAAAAGCUACAUGUUAACGUAAGAAUGCUAAAUAUCACCCAAUUGUCUGAGUACCGCAAAGAUGCACAUACAUCAGUCUUUGGAGAACGAAAAGGAAAGCUCUUGACAAAAACACAAAAAUCGGAUCCCAAAAAUUAUGCAGACUGCAUCCACUGGUGCUUACCAGGAUUACCAGACACAUGGA